ACGAACUGUAGAUCUUCCUAUACGUCCCCCAUGCCCAGGCCUCUGCGCCGCGGCCCCGGUACAUCAUCGUCCGAGAGGGGUACGCAGCAGGUAGGCUCGUACGGCGCAUAUAUACCUGCUCCGCUCUCUCAUUCUCCGUCUCUGCUCUCUGCUCUACUUCUACUAUCUAGUCAAACGUCUUUUCCAUUUCUCUCCCCGUCAAUUGAGUCCCAAUGGCCCCCCGCAUGACCCUCCGCCGCCUGAGGCUCCCCCUCCCCCUCCGCCGCCUCUCCCCAGCCUCGACACACUGGGCCCGCGCCUCAAGCAGCAGCAGCAGCAGCACCAGUCCGCGCCCACAAGACAACCAAAACCAAGCCCAAACUCCACCCACAGCCAGCAAACCCCGCACCGUCAUCGUCACCGGCGCCGCCCAAGGCAUCGGAAAAGCACUCGCCCUGCACCUCUCCCUGCACGAGCACUACGCCCUCGCCAUCAACGACAUCCCCUCCAACGCCAGACAAGCCGAAUCCCUCGUCAAACAAAUCAACGCCUCGGGCGGGCGCGCCACGCUCGCCCUCGCCGACGUGCGUGACCGCAGCGCAGUGGACGGCAUGGUUGCGCAAGCCGUGCGCGAGCUAGGCCCGCUGCACGGGAUGGUCGCGAACGCGGGCGUGGCGGGCGUGGGCGGCGUGCUCGAUCUCGACGACAAUGAAGUCCGCAAGGCGUUUGAGGUCAAUGUCUUCGGGCUGUGGAACUGCUAUGCUGCUGCUGCGCGGGAGAUGAUUAGGCAGGGGACGGCGGGCCGGCUAGUCGGUGCUGCGAGCAUCGUCGCCCACCGCCCCUUCCCCCACCUCGCCCCCUACAGCGCCAGCAAAGCCGCCGCCCGCUCGCUAACCCAGUCGUUCGCGCUCUCGCUCGCCAAACACAACAUCACGGCCAACUGCUACGCGCCCGGCAUCGUCGACACCAGCAUGUGGGCCGGCAUCGACGCGGGGCUGGGCAAGGUCGAGAACCGCGCCCCCGGCGAGAGCAUCAGGCUCUACUCGCAGCAGCUGAUUGCGAUGGGCCGCACGAGUCGGCCCGAGGACUUGAAUGGUGUUGUGGCUUGGUUGCUGGGCGAGGGGAGUGCGUAUGUGACGGGGCAGACGGUGGUGGUCGAUGGGGGGGUUGUGCUUACGUGAGUGCUUGUAAGAGAGAGGAGGGAGCAUUUGCGGAUGCGUUGGCACGGCGUUCGUUGUGUGUGUAUAGGUACCUAGUGUAGAGGAGGGCAAAUGAUCCGUUCUGUUGUCUACCUACCUAGUGUCUCUGCAGCUGGCUAGCACAAAGCAGCUACCUAAAAAAAAAUCACUGUUUCCCGUGAGCCGUAGCAGUACUCCUAUCACGCCAUGCCGUUCGCCGCCGCCGAAAGCUCUCUCUCUAGAUAAGAGGCUGGAAGGAACAUGAUUGAGGUAGAAAAGAAGGAAAAAAGAGCAUCUGUACUUGGAACAAUAGUGGAGACUUGUUGUUCAGAGAGCAGCAAUGAUGGCAUCGACAGCCUUGUCCGUCGCUGAAUCGUCUGACAAGUAGCCGUCCUCA